GAGCCAGUGAGAUGCUGAAGAUGAUGACCUUCUUCCAGGGACUGCCGGGCGAGCGGGCAAUGCCAGCGUCGCCCCACUCCCCCAGAAGCCCCCAGAAGCCCUCCUCCACAUCGGAGGCGGAGUCCGAGGCCUCCAUGUCUGAGGCGUCCUCGGAAGACCUAGCGCUGUCUCUGGAGGUGGCGGCAGCCCAAGACAGGGAUGAGGAGGCAGUGAAGGAGAAGAAGAAGUCCAAAGGGCUGAGCAAUAUGCUCCGUGUUUUCAAGAAGGGGAAGAUCAAGGGCCACCCCAAGGCUGUGGAGCCCCAAGGCCACCCCAAGGCCAGCACUGUGCCAGGCGGCCCACUCCCUACAGUGGAGGAGCUGAAGGCGGACCUGGAGGCCGGACGGCUGGAGGCGGCGGGCCCGUUGCUGGCGCUGGAGCGCGAGCUGCAAGCGGCGGCGGCGGCGGCGGGGGGCCCCAGCGAGGCGGAGCUGGUGCGGCAGCAGAGCAAGGUGGAGGCGCUCUACGUGCUGCUGCGCGACCAGGUGCUGGCCGUGCUGCGGCGGCCCCUGGAGGCGGCGCCCGAGCGGCUGCGCCAGGCGCUGGCUGUGGUGGCCGAGCAGGAGCGCGAGGACCGCCUGGCGGCGGCGGCGGCGGCGGACCCCGGGGCCUCGGCGCUGGUGGCCGCCCGCCCGCGGCGCUGGCUGCAGCUGUGGCGGCACGGCGUGGCACAGGCGGCCGAGGAGCGGCUGGGCGCGCGCGCGGCGGCGAAGGGCGGCGAGGGCUCAUCGGAAGCGGAGAACACCUUCCUGCACCUGGGCCGCACCAUGAAGGAGGACCUGGAGGUCGUGGUGGAGCGGCUCAAGCCGCUCUUCCCCGCCGAGUUCCACGUGGUGGCCGCCUACGCCCAGAGCUACCACGAGUACUUCGCCGCCCAGUUGGCCGCCAUGGCGCAGUUCGAGUUGUGCGAGCGGGACACUUACAUGCUGCUCUUCUGGGUGCAGAACCUCUACCCCAAUGACAUCAUCAACAGCCCCAAACUGGCAGCAGAGCUGCAGAAUGUUCGGCUGGGGAGCCUCCUGCCCCCCAGGCAGAUCCGGCUGCUAGAAGCCACGUUCCUGUCCAAUGAGGUGGCCAACGUGAAUGAGCUGAUGACUCGGGCCCUGGAGCUAGAGUCCCAGCGCUGGGCCCAGGAUGUGCCCCCGCAGAGGCUGGAUGGCCACUGUCACAGCGAGCUUGCCAUUGACACCAUCCAGAUCAUCUCUCAGAGCCAAGACAAGGCCAAGGGCAUCACUGUGGAGCUAGGCAUGCAGACCAGUCAGGUGCUACUGAUGGAACUGGCUGGAUUCCUCAGGCGCUACCAGCGGGACUUUGACGAAUUCCUGGAGAGGUGCAGACAGAUGAGAAAUUACAAGGCCAACGUCAUCGCCAACAUCAUCGCCAACAUCAACAACUGCCUCUCCUUCAGGACAUCCAUGGAGCAGAGGUGGCCAACACUGCAGCACAUCCACGUUCAUGCGCUGGGCCCCCUGAACGAGCUCAAGAGUCAUGGCUUUGACGCGUUGCUCCAGAACCUGCUCUCAGAUCUGAAGCCGCUGUUCAAGAGGUUCUCGCAGACACGCUGGGCAGCCCCCAUGGAGAUCCUGGAUCAAAUUCUCACCACCGUGGCCAGGAGGUUGCCGGAAUUCUCAGAGUUGCAGGACUGCUACCAGGAGGAGCUCAUGGAGAUGGUGCACCUGCACCUGGUGAAGGAGUACAUCGUCCGCUUGAGCAAGCGGCGCCUGGUCCUCCGGACGGCCGAGCAGCAGCAGCACCUGGCAGGACACAUCCACCAGAGUGCUGAGCUCAUCCAGAGCUUCUGCACGCAGAACGGCUCCCACGCCACCUGGCUGGAACCCGCCCUCCCCAAGCUGGCUGAGAUUAUUCGUCUGCAAGACCCCAGCGCUAUCAAGAUUGAGGUGGCCACUUAUGCUGCCUGCUACCCCGAUUUCAGCAAGGACCACCUGAGCGCCAUCCUGGCCAUCAAGGGGAAUCUGUCGAGCAGCGACGCCCGGAGCAUCCGGAGCAUCCUGGACAUCCACACUGAGUUCCACGAGUCCUCCCACACCCUGUUUUCACUUAUAAAGCUUGGUUAACGUUUCCUGCGACCGGACCUACUUGGAGCCUCCGUGGUCGCCGUGGGCCACUGCACUUGGGGCCACCUGUUCAGACCAGCACCGCUCGACGGCUUCACAGACCUCUUCCUGCUGCUGCUGCCCAGCCUUGGCUGAGAUGCAGGCCUCUGAGUGGCUGGGACUGGACAGUCCCCCAUGUCUCUCUGUCCUGUGUGGACAGGAGCCUUGUUUCAGGGCACCAAUAAGGCCACGCCGAAGAGAACAUUGUAAAUUUUAGUUUACGGCAUGAGCGUGUGUGUGUGUGUGUGUGUGUGUGUGUGUGUGUGUGUGUGUAUGUGUGUGGCUGUAGGCCAAAGGAGGGAGAGUGGCUAGAGCCCAGGAACCCAGGACACCUACUGGCCACCUCCUGGGACUGUGGCAUCUCCCUGUCCCUGCGGCCCAGAGCCACGGUGAGCUGGCCACACAGGCGUGUGGAAGAGGAAGGCAGAUGAGAGAGCUCUCAUUUGGGGCUUGGAAAGGUCACUAGAUGCCCCUAGCGAGACAGAGACUUGUGGGGUCACAGGGCAAGUUGGGAGGGGGCGGAGGAGAAUCUAUACUGCGCCUUUUCCGGCAGUCCUUGGCUCAGGGACCCUUCCUGCAAAGCCCGAAGUAGGGGCUCCAGCCUACUCGCCACUCUAUCUCUGCCCUCUCAUCUGCUUUCUAUAGAUGCUCUGGGCCCUCCUGGACCACCCAGGGUCUUCCCUUGAUUUUACUGGAAAACCUCGCAGCAGUGAGGUGUCCAACUCCCAAGCGGAUUCUACUUCACAGCGACCCUGUCGGACCAACGAGUAGCACUCUCCUGGGGUUUCCCAGCUCCGGUGUCCACAGGAGCCGUCAGCAUGUGUUUUUCUCCCAAGGAGCUCCUGGUGCAUCCCGACAGUUGACCUUUCCAGUGGCAGCUGAGGGUGUCGCCCCACCAGGACUCCCUGGUCUUCUGCACUGACACCUUGCCUUGAACUAGGACAUCCCCACAGCUUCCAGGAGUUAGGACGUGGGGGUGGGGUGUUCUAGUCUCCCCCCCACAACCAGCAUCCUUCUUCUGCUCCCUGGAGUCCCUUGGAUGAGACACAGGACUGGGGGCCCCUCCACGCCUCUGGGCCCCCAAGGCCCUGUUUGUCCCUCUCGACCCAGGCAGGCCAAUUUGUGCCCCUGAGGGUACCAGGUGCUUUGGGGUCAGGGCUCAGAGGUUUGCCCACCCUUGUCCUGGUACUUCUGUCACCUCACAGCUGCAAACUGACCCCUCACGGUGCACAGACGCCUUUGUACAUUUUUAAGUAGUUCUCAGCCUGUUGUUAUUAAUAUUUUUAUAUGCUUUUAUAUGAUUGUACUCGAGAAGGAAUCUAGGUUUCUAAAGCUCGUUAUAAAACUGAUUUCACAAGUG